GUCUCGGCGCGGAAAAUGGCCGGCGGCGUGGACGGCCCCAUUGGGAUUCCGUUCCCCGACCACAGCAGUGACAUUCUGAGUGGGCUCAACGAGCAGCGGACACAAGGCCUGCUGUGUGACGUGGUGAUCCUGGUGGAGGGCCGCGAGUUCCCCACGCACCGCUCAGUGCUGGCGGCCUGCAGCCAGUACUUCAAGAAGCUGUUCACGUCGGGCGCCGUGGUGGAUCAGCAGAACGUGUACGAGAUUGACUUCGUCAGUGCCGAGGCGCUCACCGCUCUCAUGGACUUUGCCUAUACGGCCACGCUGACUGUCAGCACAGCCAACGUGAGUGACAUCCUCAGUGCUGCCCGCCUGUUGGAGAUACACGCCGUGAGCCACGUCUGCGCCGACCUCCUUGACAGGCAGAUCCUGGCAGCCGAUGGGGGCACUGAUGCUGGGCAGCUGGACCUGGUAGAUCAAAUUGAUCAGCGAAACCUCCUCCGUGCCAAGGAGUACCUCGAGUUCUUCCAGAGUAACCCCAUGAACAGCCUGCCCCCCGCAGCCGCUGCUGCAGCUGCUGCCGCCGCCAGCUUUCCAUGGUCAGCCUUUGGCGCAUCUGAGGAUGACCUGGACGCCACCAAGGAGGCCGUGGCUGCAGCUGUGGCUGCCGUGGCUGCAGGUGACUGCAAUGGCUUGGACUUCUAUGGACCUGGCCCCCCGGCUGAGCGGCCCCCAGCCGGGGAUGGGGACGAGGGCGACAGCAACCCGGGUCUGUGGCCAGAGCGGGAUGAGGAUACCCCUGCAGGGGGCCUCUUUCCACCCUCCGUGGCCCCUCCAGCUGCCACACAGAACGGCCACUAUGGCCGGGGUGGGGAGGAGGAGGUCUCACUGUCAGAAGUUGCCCCGGAGCCAGGGGACUCUCCUGGUUUCCUGUCGGGAACAGCUGAGGGUGAGGACGGCGAUGGGACCGAUGCGGACGGGCUUGCGGCUAGCACACUGCUACAGCAGAUGAUGUCGUCGGUGGGCCGGGCGGGGUCAGCGGCGGCGGGGGACAGCGACGACGAGUCGAGGGCAGACGACAAGGGUGUCAUGGACUACUAUCUGAAGUAUUUCAGCAGUACCCAUGACAGCGACGUCUACCCGGCUUGGUCGCAGAAGGUGGAGAAGAAGAUCCGGGCCAAGGCCUUCCAGAAGUGCCCCAUCUGUGAGAAGGUCAUCCAGGGCGCUGGCAAGCUCCCGCGGCAUAUCCGGACCCACACCGGUGAGAAGCCCUAUGAAUGCAACAUCUGCAAGGUCCGAUUCACCAGGCAAGACAAGCUCAAGGUGCACAUGAGGAAGCACACAGGUGAGAAGCCGUACCUGUGCCAGCAGUGCGGGGCGGCCUUCGCCCACAACUACGACCUGAAAAACCACAUGCGUGUGCACACCGGCCUGCGGCCCUACCAGUGUGACAGCUGCUGCAAGACCUUCGUCCGCUCCGACCACCUGCACAGACACCUCAAGAAAGACGGCUGUAAUGGCGUCCCCUCACGCCGUGGCCGCAAGCCCCGAGUCCGGGGCGGGGGGCUCGGGGGACCCGACCCUGGCCCUGGGGCCACUGCACCGCCCAGCGCCUCCGCCCCACCUGGCUCCCCUGAGGCCCGGCGCAAUGGCCAGGAGAAGCACUUUAAGGACGAGGACGAGGACGAGGAGGAGGCCAGCCCUGAUGGCCUGGGCAGGUUGAAUGUAGCGGGUGCUGGUGGAGGGGGUGGUGAUGGGGCCACUGGGAACCCUGCCGACGGCAGCUUCGCGGCUGGACUCGCCUGAAAACCAAAAAGAGAAAACAAACCCGAGAGAGAGAGAGAGAGGAGAGAGAGAGAGAAAAUCACCCACCACCCCCCAAAAAACACAAAAAAAAUCUAUCUAUAUACAGAUAUCUAUAUCGAUAUAUAUAUAUAUAUAUAUACAGAUAUAUAUAUAUGAAGCAUCACAAGAUCUAGGAUAGUGCUUUUCUCAGAUUUUUCUCUUUCAUGAAGUUCUCUCCCUCCAUGGGAACUCUUGCCCUCCACCCCCAACUCCCCUUUCCCUCCACCCCGUCGAUGGGUUUCGGGGCUUGGUUUGGGGUUUGUGGGACACGGGUUCCGAGUCCCCCCCACCCACUGGGCGGCCCCGCCAUGGGGUCUGGGAUUCCAUUCGAGACUUGGGCAGGGUCCCAGGUUCCGGGCAGGGAUGAGGGCUGCUGUGGGGGGGAGGGGGCGAGGCAGGACUGGGGUGGGCUUUAGUUUUUCUCCCCUUGCUGGUUUCUAUGAGUCUUUCAGACAAGACCUUAAAUGAUUUCUGUCCGCUGUGAGCGGACGUUAAAAUGGUCCCUGAACCUACCCCCACCCUCCUUCCUCAGGGCACUUAUUAAGUGGGGGUCUUCCCCCUCGAUCUCCCCCACAGCCUCCUUGCCUCCUAUCCUUGUCUGUGGUCCCCUGUAUCUCCUGGCCACUGCAACACAAACCUAUUUAUUUCCAGGUGUGGAGAAAGGGGAGAAGACGGGAAGAGGGGGCACCAGGAUGGCUCCCAGGGGCUUCUGUUGCCUUCCUUCAUGGCACUUAAAACCCAGUGGGGCACCCAGGGGCCACCUCUCGGAGCGCCCCCAUCAACUCUGUCUGUGUCCCCUGACCCAGGUCAUUCAGACCCCCAUUUCAAGUUUGGAGAUUUAAAACUUGUCUUCACCCCCUCCCCACCUCUCCCCUUAGCCCUCUUCCAAUUUUUUAAAGCACUUUUUAGAUUGUUUUCCCCUCUUUUCCUCCUUAAAAACAAAAUUUAUAUAUAUAUAUAUAUAGAAAGAGAGAGAUAUAUAUAUAAGAUAUAACUUUUCCUCAGAGGAGCAGACAACAGUGUGGGGUGAGACAGCCAAGGGCAGAGGGAACCCAGGGUCUUACGGUGGCAGGGAAGAGGGAGAGAAGAGUCCAGAAGUUCCAAUGUCACAAAAGCAAUAAAAAGAUUUUACAAAACGAAAGGAAACAAAAACAUGACAACCAACCCCAAUAGAAGUCUUGGCACUUUGUAACAGAACGGGUACUAUACUUUAUCUUAAUUUAAAAACAUGUUUACAAGUUGCAACCAACUUCUAUGAAAAGUUGAAAAGACAAAAAAAAAAAAAUAAAAAGAGAGAGAGAGAGAGAGAGAGCGAGAGCGCAAAAAGAUUCCUAAAAGCUGAUUUAUUUUUGUACAAAAUAAUAAAAAAAAAACAACCCCACCACAGAUGUAGAAUCCAAUUCUGUGCCCCAGGUGAGAAGGGAGUAGGAAGGCCAUGGGGACAUGGGUGAGGUCAAGGUCUUCUGGGUGAAUCUGCUUCACCAGGGGGGCUUGCCUGGCAGGCAGGACUGGGGUUUUGUAUUUCUGCCAUGUCCCCCACUCCCUCCCAUUCUGUCCCUUUUUUGGUUCUGAUUUAGAGAUGUCUCAUUACCCACUAGCCAUACAAUGGCCACCCAUGUCUGUGGGGACCCUCCUUACUGACUUCCUAGCUCAGGGAUGGGCCCAAGAGAGGGCUGGCCUUUCAACCAGCCAGAGCAGUCCAGUUCCCCCCAACCUACCCCCUCUCCUUGCUGUUCCCCCAUCCUCACCACUUACUGGCUUCCCGCCUUUCCUUGUGGCCACUGAGGAGCUGCCAUCUUGGAUAUGCCAUCCCCUUUGAGGUGGGUGACAGGAGGCCCCACCUCCAGGGCCUUACACCCCCCAAAGCACCCCUCUUUUUACUCAAAGGCACUGACUGUCAUCUGGGGGCUGGCACCUGGCUCCCCAAAGGCUCGGUGUUGACCGAGCCACAGGCCACGGACGGGGGCCAGGGCAGGGAAACCAUGUUACCAGAGGCCAGGGCACCUUUACCCUCUUGGAUAUGCAACGCCUAGUGUGGGACCCUGUAUAUAGACACAUCCUGCUGAGCUGAGAUCCUUCCUCGUCAAUGCCCAAGGUCGGGGAGGGGGGGGGGUGCCCCUGCUCCCUCCUCUAGUUGCUGGCCCGUCUCCUGGUACCCUUUUGCUCUGUGACAAACCCCAUCUUCUCAUCUCCUUUUUCAUUUUCUUUUUUUAAAGGGAAGCUUUUUAAGAAGGCAACUUUCAUCAUUGUUUCUACAGGAUAGGUUUCGUCUCCUCCCGGCCUCCGCCAGCCCCCCAAAUGUCUCAGGAACCCCCCCUCCUGAGGGGGGUGGCAGGGGAGCCCAGGGCCAGGUGGCCUUGUUCAUACCCCAGCAUCACAGGGCCAGAUUCAGAGAACCAUCUGUGGAGGCCAAGCAGAGAGCUUGAGCACCCAGGCCAGGGACUGCCCCCCAUCCCAGCUUCCAGAGGUUCCCCCGAGGGGUGAGCCCUCUUCCCCUACCCACACACCUCCUUGCAAUAAAACCAACUGAAAAAGCAGCCGUCGUCCUGGCCAGUGGGGGUGACGACUUGGGGAAUUGAGGCCUCUGGGACUAUGGUGGGGGCACGGGCUGAACCCCGCCAAGCACACUUUAACACAAAGCUCCUUGGGAAUUGCACUAAACCCCUACCCCUAGCUCUGCACCCAGCUUUCACCAGCCCUGCCCACCCAUUUCGCCUUAACCCCUAUUCUGCUGCCCGCCAGUCUGUCCCGGGGGCCACAGCCUCUGCAUGGGCCCAGAGCCGGGACCCCCACCCACCCGGCCCAGCCCCCUAACUCUGCGCAAUCACAUACUGUAUAUAGAUGUGGAUCGAUUUUAUUUUUAUUCUUUAAAUUAAGGUUGUGAUAAAGUGUUGCCAAAGAUA